AGACGACUUCCGACAAACGAAACGACACACAGCGAACCCGUCGCGGCGCGCACCAGUGAUUCAUCAUCGACAUCGCGAGCGAAGCGCGAGUAACGCAACGACAAAACACGUUUUUCGAUAUAUAGGAUUUGAAUUCGGGGCGCGCGUAACGAACUAGAUUUUCCUCUGUUGUGUAGAACCGCUAAAACUGUGAAUUUAUCGAGAUAGCACAUGGCUGAAGCAUCGACCCAUACGCUAGUAUCAAAAGCAACUCUUGCCAAGAUCAUCUCAAUCAUCCUCGUUGCUGUGGACUGCUCCCGUGCAGCUCCAUCCUACAAUACAGACUUGUGGAGCAACCCUUGCUCGAACCAUCUAGUACGCCAAGUUAGAAGUACCGCCGACAAAGAGUUGAACUUCUUUAUCACCACUGUGAAAAAAAGCAUGUUCAAAGAACUGAAGAAUCUCUACCCAAAGAAUUUGAAGAAGGUGAAGGGCAACUGCCCCAGGCUUAACAAAUUAAUCAACCCCAUCAAGAAUACCGAAAACUUCACCAUUGCCAAUCAGAACUUCUACAAAUCCAUGGUCGAACUCUACGUGUACCUGGAUCGUCUGAAAGACCUCAAGAUCACCACCAACGCGCAGUUCAACUUCGACAAGCGCCGCUCCAUCUACGAGGACACGAAAAACACGCUCAGACUCACCAUCUGCGAAUUCAACGACACCAUCAGGAAACAGUUGAAGGUUCCGAACAUGUUCGACGCCUCCAAGCAGCCCACCGUGAAAACGGGCUGUUUGCCGAAAGAGGCCGACCUCAGCAAAGUGCAGAUGCUCGACCUACAGUUUUUCGAUAAGCUGAUGAGAUUUUUCAAGCAGGGCAAAAGACAUUUAAAGAAGUUGAAACGGAAUAAUAGGGGCAACAGUAGAGUGAACGGUGGUAAAAAACAUCGGACGUAAAAUGCGGGAGUGUUAUAGUUUAAAUUGUAUAUCAGAAGAUAUUGAAGUUCUACUCUUCUAAGAAUAUCUGGCUGUGAUUUAGAUUUAAGAUAUAUUUAUUAUUUUUUAACUUAUUUAUUUAUUUUUUUUUUGCUUUUUUUUGUGAUUUAUUGAAUGUAUGGCCCAGUACUAUUGACACUUAUACACUUGAUCUUUUUUUAUUCUAUAAGGCUGCGCUACUUAUUAACAUUUAGAAUCAGUAAUUACUUAAAAUUAUUUUAUGUUUUUUUGCCAAGUACUUUACCAAAAUAUAUUUUAUAGAAUUUUACUUCGGAGCAAUGUUCCGCAUAAAAGGAAAAUAGCCAGGGUGCAUCUGGUUUUGGAUGAUUUGAGAUAAAUAAUACGAUAAGAAAAUAAAAUUUGACACUCGAAACGUAAUUUUAACGACUCGAAACGUUUAGGAAGCUCGCUUAUUGCAUUAUUUUGUAUAUGUGUAAUUUAUUAUGUAAAGACUGUUUCAUUAAUAUGUAGAUAUCACGUGCUUUAGAAAUUUAUACCAAAGCAAUGGUAAAGCAAUCGAAAGAUAAAGAUGAGCACGAUAUGAACGAUGGUAUUUCUUCAUUCCUUUUAUGUAAAAUGUAUUAUACCAUGUGAUAUACUUUGUAUUUAUUUAUUUAUUUUAAUAUUGUUUAAUAUUUAAGAAUCGCCAACCCGUUUACGAAUAUCAUUUAACCUAAAAUGUAUUAUUUUGUCAGUAUUAUUAAAUCGAUCUAAGUUUUUGAUAUUUUUGUAAAUAAAACAAACAUUGUUUUGAA